GCUUAUCUCCUGAGAAAUGUGAUGGUUGCCGCCGUGAGCCAAAGCUUGUGGCGUGAAUGAUGAGCCACACCGCCAAGCUCGCACAGUACCUGACGAGUCACACCCUGCACGAAUUCGUGUAUUUACAACGGUGCACGAGGAGGCAGAGGUGUUUACAGCAGCAGCAGAUGACGCAAUGCAGCAGUGGACGUGAGGCGGCGCGGCCACCCCUGUUUGAACACUAACCACUCACGCCACAACCUGUUUACACUCCUACACAGGUACUCAGGUUGGUGUGUUUGAGCCCUUUUCACCUCUCAGGCAGUCACAAGAUGCUUGAGGUCACAAAUCUACGAGAUGGGGAAGUUGUCCCUCACCAACUGUGUCUGCUCCGGGUCACAGGGGCCCAGAAGGAGUCAACAUGUGCUGCCAUACACAACCAGAGUGACCACACCAGAAAUGGGACUAUUUGGAAAAUAUACCAUGGAGGAUUCAAUGCACUGAUCCCACUUGUCGAGGGCAAGAAUGAUCUGAGAAUCAUUUGUGGAACAGAAGAAACCACAGUACACAUAAUUCACAAACCUGUAGACAUUCCCAGGUAUAUCCGAUUGGUUUACAUCACAUGCAUGAAUGAAGACAAGUUUCAAGGACCGAAGGACAUGGACUGCUCACCAAAUGCUGCAGUUAGAAAAAUUCAAACAGGAGUCUUGACACUGCAAGCAUUUGUAGCCGAGACUCUUGCUGCUGAGGGCUUGGGCCGGCGAACAUUUCGUUUUGAGCUGGACACGAAUGGCAAUCCUAUAGUUCAUGUUGUAGAACUUCCUGUUACACUCCUCGAAUCACAUAAAUUUACUGAAGAGCGCCUCUGGGAGACUGCUGCCCUGCACAUCCUUUCAUCUCACCUGGCUGAUAAAAACUGCAAAUAUGUUGCAUUCUUUGGUGGGACAAGAUUCAUGAACCCAGACAAGCACACACUUAAGACAGAGACUGAGAUCAUGGCCCAUACCAAAGGUCACGUCUCUCUGGGUGGUGGAGGACUGGCACUGGUGGGCACAGGUGCUCUAUACUCCUGGGCCUCUCAAGUGGACGAAGUAAUUAAUUCCAUGAGGAGUACUUCAUCUAUUGAUACCACAAAGCUGAUGGACUUCAGUGGAGGAAGGGGCACCUGGGGAGCGUGUUAUGGCACACACCUGGGCUCUGUGAUGCACGAGCUGGCCCACACCCUGGACCUGGGCCACACCCCACAUGGUAUUAUGGCGCGUGGCUUUGAGGAUCUGCACAUCUUUUUCACCACCAGUAAACUUACCUCUGACUAUCUUCCUCAGUCUCCCCACCAUAGUUCUGUAAUGAGACAGUCCAUGUCAAGUUCUCUCAUCAAGGAAUCCAUCACCUUUACAACUGACUUUGUCCGCAAAAUCCCUCUAGACAACAUCAACAUCACUGUAGCACCACCAAAGGAACCCUUGGCAUCCAGUGGAGUGUACAGUCCUCCUGUGUUCACACGGAAAUACCCCGGCAAAGUUUUUAAUGCAAACUCUGGCUCAGCAUCACCUCUUACCAUUGAAGAGACAGAACUGUCUUCACCCACCCAGAAGUCAACAUGCACUCGUUCCCUCCUGAGUGCUCCAUCCCCUAACAUAGCCAAUAGUUUGCUCAACAACAAUAGAAACCAAGACGAUGGCAGCAAAUGCCGAGCCUUUUGGGCAAGAUCCAGUGCACUCCUGCUCGCCUUCCACAAAUGGCUCAAUACUGUGACUGAUGGGGAGGUCCCAGAACUGAAGGGAUCUGUAGUGUGCAGCACUCCAGGGAUUCGAAUUAUUGAACUCCGAGACCUCCACACCAUGGCCUUCCACCACUGGGAGUUUGUCACCAGACCUCCGCCUCCAGUGUUCCAUCUGCCAUGGGCUCAGGUCCCCCACUGGCCUUCUGACACCCACAUUGAGGUUGUUGUAGAAGACACUCAAGGGAACUUACUCAAAGGCUGCUUCAUGCCACGGCCUCUCUAAGACAUGCAGCUGGAUGUUGUGGUCUCUGGACCUGAUGACCAAGAAUGGCAUGGGGUUCAGAUUUUGGCCACAGGACAUGCAGGUGACUCAGCCAACCCAGCUGCCCACCUGCACCCCUCAAAGAAUGAUCAACAACUGAACACUUCAGGAACUCCAAUGAGCUUCUCUCUAAAUAGGAAAAUAUUGAAUAACUCACCGCAGGCUUAAUACCCAGGAUAAGAAUUAGGAUCAAGGUUACAUUACAUGCCUCAUAGUGUGUGCUGCCACAGAAAUUAUGAGUUUCUUGCCUUUAAAUCUCAGUUAAUUUAUGUGUGUGUGUGUGUGUGUGUGUGUACGUAAACAUGUGUAGGUGUGCACUUUAGUUUACAUAUACAGGGUUUGAGCCUAGCUCACUGUCAUACAUAUUUACUUUCAUACAAUAAGCUCUUGUCUACACUAUCUUCUAAUCCAUUCCAUAUGUAUUUUGAAAGAUUUUCUUCAUUAAAGCAUUUUUCACUAAUAAUCACCUGUCGACAAUAAUACUGCAUAAAUUGCUUAGGACAAAAAUUAUAUUCAACUGCACACCACCUCACAAGAAGACAUUAUAACCUCAGUUCAGGCAUGUCCUUGCUGGGCGCACAAUAUCUCUUCCUUUAAUAUCUUGGCCCCAAGUAGUGUGUGUCUGUUGUGACCAUGUGGGUGUGCUUAUCACACUUACACAAAAACAUUUUUAAAAAAGUGUUUAUAGUUAACAAAUGACCCUGACAAACAAACAUCUUGAACAUUUUUAAAAAAGUGUUUAUAGUUAACAAAUGACCCUGACAAACAAACAUCUUGAGUAUAUCACUGAAGCAAUAAUUAUAUCACAAAAUACAGAGCUUAAUUUAAUGAAGGACAAUGUAUUUGCCACAAUGCCAACAGACAGUUUGAUACAGACUAAUUGUUGCUUGGCAUUUAUGUAUAAUUUUUAAACAGUACUGUGAAGGUUGCAUAAUAUUUGCCUUGUCUGACAUUUAUUAUCCCUGAGUGAGCAAAUCCAUUCAUCAAACUUCAAAGUAUGAUGGCAGCUAUGAUGUCACGGCCUGGAAUCUGUCCAAUGCCUUGCUUUGACUUCAUCCCACCACCCCUCCAUUCCACAUGUCACACAGUUGCAUUUCCUGAUGAAGGACAAGACACAGUACUUGGGAUCCAGUUGUAGUUUUUUUCCCUUUAACUAUUGACAAUUAGAAUUUUGAGAAUUUGUUGGUUUCACAUAUAGCUUUGCAACCAAAUAGCACUGACUUUAAUCCCAAAUUUGAGCGCUUUCAGGUUAGAUAGAACUUUGAUGACUGACAGACCAAGUGCAUUUAAUAAUAAAUAUAAUAAUCAUGGCCCCUUGUCAUGCCUUAAAAGUAUCCUGUCAUAUUUUCAAAUAGUAGUGUGGAGUCUGUCUGUAACAGCAAUGUGGUAAAAUUUGAAAGUAAAACCAUCACCAUUCAGUGAGAAAUGGUCAAGAAUUGAUAUAAGAAAUCAACAGAAAUACAAACAUUCUGAUUAUCUUGAGUUAUUUAAAAAAAAAAAACUGCUCAGGAGGCAUUGUGCUUCUACCAUGUUAACAUUGUCCCUUCUUGCUUCCAAGCUUCUUACUUUCUGUGCAUAGCAUAGUCAGCUGUUUUGCUCAAGUGCAUUUCAUGUAGCAUCUCUUCAUAGAGGCUGCUUGAUUAUUUUGAAUAUUAUGAACAAGUCUCUUCCCUUCUUUCUAAUAUGACUAACUUUUUGUGUGUUUUCCAAUCUGUGUUCUGAUGCCUGGGACAAUUAUCUUUGCAGCUACAUUCUGCAACUUACUGUUUAUAUUCACAGCAUUUUCUGUGUAUGUGAAUGUGUGUGCCUGCAGGUUUUUAUUUAUUUAUUUUCUUAAUGGACAUUCCAGAACUAUUAUGGAUAAGAAUUUAAAUGUAACAUAAAUGAGCAAAAUUUUUUUUUUAUACUCUGCCAGUACUCUUUUGAGCAAGGCCUUAUUAUGCUCGUAAAUAGGAAAUUCAAGCAAAUUUUUCAUAAAGAAUCAGUAAAGAAAUUACAAUAUUAAAAUGUUAACACUGAAUCAAAAGUGAUGAUAUAUAAUGAAAUAGAAUUAUUCCAUGCAACAUAGCUUUAAAUAUAUGAACAUAUUAAUUUCUAUAUACCAGACUGACAAAGCCUCACAAAAUGGAGGUAGCCAAAGUAUUAAGUUUAACAAAAUCUGUGAUGCAUGAGAGCAAUCCAGAGCUCUAGUCAAUUUUGUUUAUUUAGGUAUUAUUUAUUAUCUAGACCUCAUUUCUUAUUCUGGCUAUAGUGAAAUUAGAACUGCAAUUCCUGGGUGUGUACUCAGUAGUCUAGUCAGUGACAUUCUGUUCCUGCUCAUUUAGUAUUUACUUAUUUAUUUUUCUGUACUUUUAAAUUAAUCUUCCUUAUUUUUCUGUACUUUUAAAUUAAUCUUCCUUAAUACUCAUCCUAAGAUCUUUUCUUUGAAUCUCUUCUAGUGUGUGUGUGUGUGUGUGUGUGUGUAAUAUGAAAGAUUUAAGUCAUGUUUGUCGUGUCUUCAUAUUUCCUUUUAUUCUCCUCAUUUUCAUUAUCAUAAAUGUUCCUUGCUUGCACUACUUCCAUGUCAAAGGUACACUUCUCAAUAUCAGCAAGGAUGAUGGUCUUUCUCUUUGCAGACCUUAACUUUCUCCCUAUUCUUUAUUUUUGCUCAUGUUGACGGCUUUAAUUCACUCAGUUUCUCCUUGUAUGAAAAUUUCUUUGAAAUUUGCAACUAAAAUGCUACUUCAGAAAGGCAGUUGUAUCUCAGCUGCAAAAUCAAUCCAUAACUGUAUUAAAGACACUAAGCUUUAAUAGUUUUUAUUUCCUACCAUUAAUUUAAAUGUAGAUCUUAUUUCAAUUUUUCUAAAACACUAUGGCAUUUCUUAACUUAAUUUUCUCAUUGUUACCUUUGUUGUUCACUGAAAUAAUGCUGUAAUUCAAUGCAGCAAACUUUAACUGCAGAACUGUCUGUAUAACAACUAGUCCCUCCAACACAUCCAAGUAGGAUAUUGUGAUCAUACUUGUCACAGUCCUUCCCUGAACCUAACAGUAAAAAGUCUUGCUGAUAUUAGCUGUUCAAUUUAUAAGAACCAUGUUAAACUUUAUAUAAUUUAUUUAUUUCAUGUGUUUGUGUGUGUGUUUGAAAUUAUAUUACUUAAAAUUUAUUUUUAUAUAGUUAGUAUGUGUAGUGCAGUGUGUGACAUUUGAGUGUCUUUAGUUAUGGUAAGUGCACCAUGCUGUACCUAACUGCCUGCAACAGUACCAAUAGUUUUAAAAGUGCCUCAAUGUAGAUAAUCAUUUAAAAAUUUUGUACUAAAUUUCUUCCUAAGUUCUAUCAAAUUCCUAAAUAAGUAUAUAUAUAUAUAUAUAUAUAUAUAUAUAUAUAUAUAUAUAUAUAUAUAUAUAUAUAUAUAUAUAUAUAUAUAUAUAUAUAUAUAUAUCAGUAUUAAAUUGUCAGCCUAGCAGUCUGUGUAUAUAUAUGUGUUACUUUGAGAUGAGUUGAAAUGCUUUCUUUCCUUUUUAGUCUACUCAUACACCAGCAAUAUAUAUAUUUCUUGAUACCAUGACAAAAAUAUAAUCAUAAUUAUUUCUUAUAAAUAAAUAUUAAAGAUAUAUAGAAUAAAAUCUUACACAUAUACUCUUCCAAUGCUAGGAAACAUUUUGUAACGUAAGAUAGAGUUUGGUAUGUUGGCUGUUGAUCAGUGUUACAUCUGUGAGUGUAUAGUAUUUGGAAAAGUAAAACAUUUCAAGCUUUAUGUGUAACACUACUGCAAAUUUAUGGAAUGCCUUACACUCACAACUGUCUAGAGACAAGGUGAUAGAUUGCUUCCUGUUGUCAUGUGAUCUGUACACUUGUGUAGGAUGUAAACAUUACCAUGUGGUAUUUUAUUAGCUUCCUCUACUGAAAAUAUAAAGCAUCUUCUGUAUCAGUGACGAAAUCCAUCCAUUUGAACCUCUCAUUAUAAAAUUAUCUGUUAUGCAAAGUACCUCAAUACUAGUACCACUGCUACUGCAAUAUAUGACAAUACCAUAAAGUAAUUAAUCUAUGUAAUCUCAAAUUUAAAGUAUUUUACACAUUAAUUCCAAUGAAUACUCAUGUAAAUCCUGUAAACCUGUGAUAGAAUAAAGAGCUGUUGCUGCAGGAUAUUGCAAGCUUA